AUGUCUUCUACAUAUUCCAUCAGAAAACUAACAGCUAUAGCAUGUGUAGCUCUAUAUCUCUUUGUUGGUUUCCCAUUAUGGUAUAAGUUGACCACUAUUUAUAGAGCAGAUUUACCAUAUGAAACUAUUGACACGUUGCAUUCGAACAUAUUUAAAGAUUUCAAAAUGGCUAUACCAGUGUAUAUUAAUUCAGCAGGCAUCAGGUCAGAAAAUUUAAUAGAUGGUAUUCAAACUCAGAUUAAUACUGAAUUAAAUGAGUUUGGAAUUAAUUGGAAUAUUCAGUUGAAUGAUCUUACAAAUGAUAAACUAAAUCCAAUGGAAGAUUAUGUGAUCGAUUUUAAAAUAGAUGAUUCUAUUGAAUCUUCAACAAUUGUAACUAACUUUAAUUCAACUUUUUCCACAAUUUUACUCAAUUCUAAUUUUGAUAUUAAGCAAAAUUUCAAAAAUUUGUCAGACUUAAUCCUGCAUAACUUAUUUGAGUUAGAAUAUCAACAUUUCCAAUCUAUCUCUACCUUAAAUAAUAAUGAUGCUAUUUCUAUUACUUAUAAUCCAAAUGUUCAUUUAAGUUUAAGUUUGUUGUCAGGUGAUGGUUAUCCAAUUGUAUGGGAGAUUGAUAAAGCUUUGAGAAAAACUUUUAAUCCUUUAAGAAAAUUAUUAUCACCUUUAGUGAAUUUUACAAUAGAUACAGAUAUUAUUUAUUAUAAUGAUUUGAAUUUACAUUCUUUGAAUCAAUUGAAUAAUAUUAAGACCGAUAAUAAGACUAAUAAUCCUAAGAUUGAUAUUUCUCAUACCAUUGAUUUAUCCGAAUUGUCUUAUAUGAAUUAUUUUAAUGAACCAAUUGCAUUAAAUUUAGUCAUACUUUUCCCAAGCAUAUUAACCUCGCCAGAUGGCUUAUUAUUUAUUAACAAUUCGACUCAAACUUUGGAAUCCACACAAGUUAAUAAGGAAUUAACUAAACAUUAUGGGAAUUGGGAAAGUUUCUUAGUUCCACAAUGGGGAGUAUUAAUUAUUAACAAAUAUGCUUUAAGCGAAUAUUCAUAUUUAAAUGAAGAAUUUUUAGCACCAAUCAUUAAUGAUUUUACUAAAGAUUUGUUUAAAUUAUUAGGUUAUAUGAAUCCAAAUGAAAAUGAUUUAGAUUCUCCAAUUUUAACAAUCAAUUCUUUUAAAAGAAUACAUCUAUUACAAAACUUAUUUAAAGCUAUUGAAACUUUGAAAUCAUUAACAAAAUUAACAAAGCAAUUUGAGCAAAUGUCCAUACCUAAAAAUGUUUUAAAUGAUGUUAAACAAACUUUAAAUAUUAGAGAUGAAAUUAUUAGCGCGUUGAAAAUUAAUGCAGAAAAUAAUGAUACCAUCAAUUGGGAAGGUUUAUUGUCUCAAAGUAAUCAAAUGAUUAAAUUAUCUGAAUCUGCAUUUUUUAAUGGUGAAAUGGUUCAACAAAAUUUCUUCCCACAGGAACAUAAAAUCGCUGUUUAUUUACCAAUGUUAGGGCCAUUAACAAUGAUGAUCUUUACUUCACUUUUUAAAAUAUUUAAAGAGAAGCCAAUUGAUGAGAACAUAAUGAAAGAAAUUAAAGAAGAUGAUGAAAAAUUUAAUCAAAGGGAAAAGAUUGAAAUUACAGAUUCAAAUAUUGAUCAACAAGAAAGUGUUAUUUUAAGCAUAAAAGAAGAUAACGAUGAUAUACAGUUAAAUGAAAAAAAAGCGCAUUUAGAUGAUGAUGAACAAAACAUAGAGAAUGUCAACAUGAAAGAUGAUGAUUAA